AUGACGUGGCGGAAAACAAAAGCUGCAGCCCAGCAGUUCCAUGAACUCCCAUCCGAGAUCCGACUCACGGGUCGACAGCAGAUCGGGGUGCGAGUGAGGCGCAUGGCGAAUGCGACGGAAGAGUGUGAGGUGAAAAUCUGCGAGGUGGGUGGAGAGGGCCUUUUUCUGCCGCUCUUCGGAGAUGCGGAACAGGUCUGGCCUUCGGGUCUUCGAGGCUUCCUCUACCUCAUCGGCCUCUUAUGGACUUUUAUUGGCGUAGCCCCUUGGAUCUGCGAGUUCGCAGGGCGGAGAAAGACGGUGAUUGAUGAGGGGAAUCAAGUCACCAUCUGA